UGGGACCAUUUUUUUCUGUAAAAAGCUCCAAAAUUGCAUUGGCCACUGAAAAUAAUAUGACACUCUGUUACAUCGUCUUCAAGCAUAGUCGGUAGGCACUAAGGAAAGUUUUCAGUUUUGUCAUUUGCAUGUUGUUAACAGUUGAAGCAAAAAACUAAAGAAGGAAAGAAAGAAAGAGAAAAUUUGUUUUCAAUUACAUGCUAUUGUAGCUUUGAUUCAAAGAAUGAGCAAGGUGCUCAAGUGUUUUUGGAUUAUAACCAAUAAUAUAAAAUAAAAACAGGUAGAGGUCUGAGUAACCAUGGUAGCCUUGAGCUGCCAAUUUCAACCAACUAUCAUUAACAGUUAUCUAAGCACUAAACGCAGACCAUCUAGCUCUAUCUUUUGUUCAGCUCAACCCUUUCAAAGCAAUAUCAAGGUCAUUAUAAAUGGUGCAGCUAAGGAAAUAGGAAGGGCUGCAGUAAUUGCAGUGACCAAAGCUAGAGGAAUGGAGGUGGCUGGUGCUGUUGAUUCUUAUCUAGUUGGAGAAGAUAUUGGUAUGUGACAUGGAAGAGCCUCUCGAAAUUCCCAUAAUGAAUGAUCUCACCAUGGUCUUAGGUUCCAUCUCUCAGGUAAUUCUUGAUAUGAAAUGUAUUAACACAUUUGUUGUUAUCUAUUCUACUAAACCAUUCAUAACUCUAAAAUAAAUUAAUACAUAAGAGGAUUAAGUAAGCAAUCUGCAAAUGAAUGUGUUUGUGUUUCUUUUUUGGUCUAUUACCUACAUGGUUAUACUUAUAUAUAGCCAAUAAAGAAGAAAAUAGAAAUACAUAAAAUUAUAAAUGAUAAAACAACAAUUAUUUUCGUACACUUGACGUAUACGUUAUUAUAUAAGAAUAAUUACACGAUGAAUAUAUGUUCUGAAAAAGUUAUAUAUGAAACACAUUAUUCAUAAUAAUUUAUUAAAAAAGUUGUAAGCAAAAGUGCUACACUGCUAAAUACAAAAAUUUCAGCGCCCAGUAUAAUUCUCUCGCUCUCUAAUACUAUUAACACAUGAUCAAAUUAUAUAACCAUUACUGCUGCAUUGCACUUCUUUUUUUUUUCCCCUUAUAACUUCUAAAAAGCCAGAGUGCCAGACUGUCGUUCCCAAUUGAGUUCAUAAAUGAAUUAAUAAUGUUUGUGUAAUUAUAUGGUAAAUGAUUGAGGCAGGUUUUAACUAAGAAAAGUUUUCAGUUUUAUCAUUUGCAUUGUAGCUUAUUUUCAUUCUCUCUCGCAAUAACAUACAUUUUUUAGUGGUUGAUCAACAAACAUGAACAUCAUGGACCAAUAAUUGCUGUUAUUGAAUGCCCAAAUGCUCAAUCAAUUAAGUCAGGUGUACGAGCUUUAGAUGAUUUCCCAUGUGUGAGCAUUCCCUCCAAUGCUCGUGAUAGUAACUAUCAGAUAAUAAAUCUUAAAUUUUGAAUAUAUAGCUGAUUUGCAUUCAUUUAUCAUGCCACA